GUCUUUAGCCAUUUCCGCAAACUUGCAUCUGCCAUUGAUACACCUUCCAUUAACAACGUUUAACGGCAAAGACUUCAUCAAACAGAAAAGACUUGGAGCAACGCCUGUAAUAACACAAAACUCAGAUACAAAAUGAACUGCUUUCGUCGAGCCGCUCUGCGGGCCGCUUCAGCCCAGACAGCCCAGACAGCCAGGACUGCAAUUGUUAGCAAGCGAGUCGUUCCUGUGCUAGCUGCUGUGCCUGCCAUGGUAGCCAAGUCGACCGCACUGCCCCUUGCUCGAGCCUUCUCCGUGUCCCGGACCCUGGCCAAUGUCGAAGAGGACAGUGGCAACUCUACAUCACAGGAGGAGUCUGCGGAGCUGAAAAAUGAGCUUCAUCCCGAAGAACCACCCAAUGGUGUAUUUGUUAGGAACCUGGUGUUCGACGCCACCGACGAGCACCUUGUCGAAGCCUUCUCUCAGUACGGCAAAGUCAUUCAGGGCAAAAUCGCGCGGGAUGCUCGUGGGUUGAGCAGAGGAUAUGGAUUCAUUUACUAUGAGCAACCCGAGGAGGCACUGAAGGCUUUAGAGGAGGCCAACAACACCUUUUGGCACGGGCGACGGAUAACCGUCGCUGCUCGCACCAAGGAGGAUAAGCCCAGAAAGAGUCGGCAGCAGACAUUCGGGCGCCCUCCCAGCGAGCAUCUCUACAUUGGGAAUAUCCCGUACGAGACUACCGAUGCGGAGCUCAACAAGUUCUUCUCGUCCCUGGAGAACCUCAAGGACGUGAGGAUAGCCGUUGACCGCAGCACAGGAUGGCCUCGCGGAUUCGCACACGCCGACUUCCAUGAUGUGGAGUCUGCGACGAAGGCCGCGGAGCAAAUCAAGACGAUGGAGCUGAUGGGAAGGCCCCUGCGAGUGGACUUUUCCACCCCUCCUGAGUCCCAGACUCGGCCGCAGAUGCAGAACCGGUCCCGAUCUCGGCGCUAUUGAACAGCACGAGGAAUCGAAGAGGCUUGCCUUGUGGCAAUUUCAUGAUUAUCUUCGGGAUUGAGUAGGAAAUGGCGCGCGAUUAUCGGAUGCCCCAAUAUUGUACAAAAAAGUGUUUUAUUAGCCCUUAUGUGUACACAAUUAAUAUGUACAUUAGAAUAUUUAGACUCAGAACUCACUCUACACCUACUUGUCAAGAUAAUGAUGACCUUUGUAUACAUGG